AUGGAAUAUGAGAAGCCGCGAUUCGUGAAUCCGGCUCAUUCAUGCCUUCCAUCAACCCAAAAGCUGAGGGAUGUGCGAUUGCACCCUGUUCGUUUCACGGGAGCGUGCUUGCCACACUUGCCGUGCACUUGCCGUGUUGAUGGCCCCGAAAGCUCCAGCCAGAUGGCCAUGUGCUCCUUCCACUGUUGUGUCAAUCGUAACAGAAGGAAACAAAAUGCCGUCUUUCUACUCAGACGCGAAAAUCUUACUUGUUUACCCUCCACCUUCGAAAACCCAAGAUACAUUACUUUACACCUACGGGCGAAACAAACCUCUACUUGCAUCAUUCGAGAUAUCAUCAGACCUAUCACACCCGGCCUUGCUCACGAGAACAUGCCCUUUGAGCCUACAAAGCAAUCUUUUGAGGACCAACCAGCCACAAAACAGACCUUCCUUCCGUUCUUCGAAAAUGACCAUCCCGCCCCAAAAGACAGUGAAAAGCGAGUGGCUGAGCCUGAAGCACAAGGCAAGCCCAAGACGGCUCAGGUUUUCCUCAGCAACUCUGAUGAAAAGGAUCAAGGCCCGGCCAAGAAGCCAGAGCCGGAAGCCAUCUCGGAGGCAAAGCAUCAUGAACCGGAUCAACAGCUACCGCAAGAAGGGAAGAGGGAGACUUGA